UAUUUAUUUAUCUCUAUAACCAACCAAUGCGCUCAGCCUCGUCUCGUUGUCCGCACCACCCACAGCACAUCAGCCAGCUUACAUGUAAAAUAUCUCAAGAACUCGCGAUUCCUGCAGAACAUAAUAACAAUAACUACAUUCUCUCAACAGUCAAUCCCCCCUCCAGCUGUAUUUUAAGAAACCGCGUCGAACGAGGGUUUGGGGUAACAAUCCAAGCCACGAUCUCGCACAUUUCCCCACCCACCCUCGAGUGCUUCUUCGCGCAUUAUACUUACUUGCCUGCGAACAAGCUGCAUUGGAUAAUAAAUACAAUGCGUGCUACAACGAUAGGGCGACAGUAUUAUUGAUAUAUUCCUCACUGUACUGUCCUUUACCAACAACAGAGCACGACAACUGCUUGCGGGCAAGCUACCCCGCAGAAAUCGCUGCCAGAUGGCAUGGACGACGACAAGUACGAUGACAGUUUUUCCGACGAUGGAAUUGACGAAUUGCCUCCCGGAACCCUUCUAGAGCUCGAGCGGAAUGCCUUCCAGGCUAGCCAGCAGCAACGACCUGACUCCAGAAACGCCAGCAACAAUGCCCCUCCAAAGCCCAGAAACCCCAGCUUUGCUUCCCUGGCGCGUGGAUCUCUCUCCCGGACCGCCAGCCAUACUUCCAGCCGUGGACCGGUCUUGCAGGACCCGUCGCGGCUCCUGCGCCCGCCAUUGAGUUUUGGAGAUGAGGAUUUUCAGGAUUUGGACGCUGGAGUCCUAGAUGAUGGUUGUGGCCCGGACCCGGUUGAAUUACAAGAUAGAGUGUUUCAACAAAAUAUUUCGCAUGGCAGACUACAUCCUGGGGGCCAAGAGGCUGGGUUAUGUCCAGACAAAGGAGCAAGGGACAUGACGAAUGGAAAUAUUACCCGUCCUGCCGCCCAGCAUGCGGCAUCACUUGGGAACACCAUCAUUAUGAGUGGAAUGGAAGAUAUGACUACAGAUGCGGCGCGGGAGGAACACGGCGCCGCAGCACCAGUUUCGGAAGUCUGGGCUGAAAUCGAAGCGAUGAAGGAGCAGAUUGAACAGUUAACUCGAGAGCGCGAGAGAAUUGCGCAAGAAUUGGCUGCUGCAAAAUCUAUGACCGAAGCUAAAGCUGGAGAAAUUGCUAUAAUUCGUGCAAAUCAAGCAAAAGUCGAAAAGGCACAUAGUCGACAACUGAGCACAUUACGAACGCAAAUGGCAGAUGAGCUUAAGAAGUACCAGGCAGAAAUAGAGGCUGCAACGAUGGAAAGCAAAUUACUGACUACUGAAAAUGCAUUUUUGAAACAAGAUCUGAAGGAUGAAACUCAGAAGCUGAAUGAACUGCGGAAGGCCAAAGCCAAAUUGGAGGAGAACCCUCCACUAACACCAAAGAAGUCCAAGAUUCUCCCCCUUAGGGAUGGGUUUGAUGAUGACGAAAUUAUGUUAUCCCCUACGAAGUCUGCUGGCAGAAGAUCAAAACGAGGUACCCCUUCAGUGUCUGGCGGGCGAAAACGUAAAGCAAUCGAUGAUUCUCCUAUCAAAGCUCCUACCUUGGAAUUGAGCCAGUCAUUUGAGACCAACCUAGGUGACUUCAGCGAGUCGGCAGAGCCGAUGGUUAUUAAUUCCGGGCCACGCAAGCCUAACAUGGAAGAUCGCAAUGUGCGAUUUAUGCGGAGAAUCCUCAACCACAAGACUUAUCCAAGUAAAGGACGAGACUUGGAGAUAUUUACCAAACUCGCCUUUCCGUCUGAACCAGGGCGAAUGUUUUCGUCCUUUAUUCUUGAAGCAACAACUGCAAAAUCCUCGGAAAAUUACGCAGUUGAAUACGCAAAGGCCAUAAUAUCGCUCUGGUCCCGGGCACUGAAGGAGUCUUUCUACGACCCUGUGGCGAUGUUCAUGGCCAUCAUCAAAUAUAUCAUCAACCUAGACCCCUCAAAUAUUGUACCACAACUAAUCGACGACCUCCUUCCCGUGCUGCUUAAAUCUGGAUACGUCAACGGCGUUGCAAGAUUCCGCAACUCUCCAGUUUCCCACCAAAAUCUUGGCCAGAUCAAGCAGACACCCCAGUCCGAGCUACAUCACCAGGUGAACUCCACCGAAGCCCUGAACAUCCUUUAUCUAGCCGCCAGUAGCUGCCAACACGAUUUCGACGCCCAACGCAAGUUCUGGCAAAACAUCCUCUACGACUUCAUCCUCGUAAUGCUAAAUUCCAACCAACCUAUCGACGACAUAAUCAUAACCCUAAACCUCCUCUCAUAUAGCAUCCUCCCAACCUCCUUCGGACCCCUCCUAUCCACCCCAGCCGAACAAACCGCCAACGAAAACUACAUAAUAGACCGCGUCGCCAACCUCCUUAGCGAACAACCCUACGUCGACGAGGGUGAAAAGCCCUACACACCCUGGCAAAUCUCCACCCUCCGCAUCGAAGCCAUGUCCUUCCUAACGACCCUCGCUUUCUCCUCCCCACACCCCUCCCCUUCCAAAAACCACGCCGGCCGCCUCCUCGCUCUCCACCCCACAGCACUAGCGCGCGUCUUCCGCUCCAUCCACGACGAGCUGGACGCGCUCUACUCAAACCCGCCCGAACGCGAGUUACACGUUGCCCUCGUCAACGGCCUGACGCGGCUGGCAUACGGCAUCAUGAGCACAUUCCGCGACGAAGUGAACCUUCCUGCGAAACUGCGUGUUGUGCCCGGCGCAACGCAGAAGCAUCUUGUUGCGCUGACGCGGUUGGCGUUUUGUGAGGGGCCAUUGCUGGAGGCGGGGAUUGAGGAUGAUACGGUUGAGAUGGCGCAUGAGAUGUUGGAGGAGGCGGUGAAUCCGCAGGAGGCGGAGGCGUUGCUGGAGGCGUUUCGGGUGAAGAGUUUGGAGUGAUUUGGGGGGUGUCUAAUGGCCCAUGCUUAUGGUUAUGUUUUAUGCAACGGGUAUGGUAUUCUAUGAGUUUAAAGAUGAUGAAGGUGGUGUUUUAUGUCGUUUAUUGUCGGCGGAUUUAGCGUUUACUUUGCCUUGUGUGUGUUUUAUCCCCUAUCUAACUAUGGCGCUUGGAACUGCUUUAUUUUGUGUAAUGGUCAUGUUGGCUCUAUAUAAUGAGAGGGUAACUAGGGCAAAUAUUAUGUUAAUGAACGGCUUAAUAGGAGUGAGGCGUUUUAUACAUGUGCAGUUGAAAACUACGUGGUUGAAAGGCGCCAGUCAGAUAUGUUAUUUUAUGGGUAUGGGGAAUUUAGCUGUAGGCGUGAAAUACAUCAACUGAUAUAUUCAAAACGUUCCUAUGCUCAUGAUGAGCAGACAGAAUAAGCCCCUGGUUUGCUUAAGAUCUAGAAAAUCAUGUGACCGGGUCUUCCCCCUGACGUCACUCCU